AUGGUGGCCUCGCGAAAUGGGUCAUUGGCGGCCUCAAUCCUGCUCGCCGCAGCCAAUAUCUUGAUACCUUUGUCUAUUCUCGUCUUCGCCACUGGUUUCUUCCCGUAUAAGCCGUUUCUUCCUGGAUUGGCAGAGUUUGAGGCCCUCGAAUAUGGCCCUCCGCCCAAAGCUCCAUUUGAUAGACUCGUAUUCAUGGUAGUUGAUGCGUUGCGGAGUGAUUUUGUAUUUUCUGACGCCUCUGAAUUUGGGUACACGCAGAGUCUUAUCCGCGAUGGGAGUGCCAUUCCUUUCACUGCCAAUGCUCGGUCUCCCACCGUGACGAUGCCCAGAAUCAAGGCCAUAACUACAGGGUCUAUCCCUUCAUUCGUGGACUUGAUUCUCAACAUCAACGAGGCAGAUACCUCGUCAACGCUGGCUGCCCAAGAUACGUGGCUCUCUCAGCUCAAGGCUAAGGACACGGGCAAGCUGGUCAUGUACGGUGACGAUACGUGGCUCAAACUGUUCCCUGAUACGUUUGAUCGCCAUGAUGGCACUUCAAGCUUCUUUGUUGCAGACUUUACAGAAGUCGACAACAAUGUCACAAGGCAUAUCAAUGAUGAGCUUCAAAACGAUGAUUGGAACCUUAUGGUGCUUCAUUACCUUGGCCUCGACCAUAUCGGCCAUAAAUCAGGACCUCGCAGCAGCCACAUGCCAGCCAAGCAGCGUGAAAUGGACGGCAUCGUCCACCAACUAUAUAAUGCGUUAGAAACGCAGAACCACCUCCAAUCAACUCUAAUUAUCCUCUGCGGCGACCAUGGAAUGAACGACGCAGGAAACCACGGCGCAUCAUCCCCCGGAGAAACGUCACCCGCUCUAGUAUUCAUGUCACCAAAACUCAAGCAGAUUUCUUCCAGAUACUCUGCCCCCGCACAGCCCAAGAACGAGUUUGACUACUACUCCACGGUAGAGCAGUCUGAUAUCGCGCCCACGCUCGCUGCUCUUAUGAGAUUCCCCAUCUCAAAGAACAACCUCGGAGCGUUCAUCCCGGAAUUCUUGCCCUUUUGGCCGAGCUCUAGCGACAAGGUGCAGAUCCUCAUUCGCAACGCCAGACAGAUUCUCAACAUUGUCACCGCAGCGUUUGGGAGCGAGCUCUUUGACGCCAAAUCGUCCGUCGACCCUUGUGCUUCGAAAUCCGCCACAGAUGUCAGCGAAUUAGCUUGUGAAUGGCGCAAAAUCAACUCGGAAGCAUCUCACCAAGCUAAUGCUAAAGAGGUUGACACAGAAUGGCUCUCGGCUACGUCUGCUUGGAUUCGCAAGGCCCAAGAUCUCAUGAGCAGCAUGGCGUCAAACUACGACAUGUCGAGGCUAUCGCUCGGCCAGGGGCUUUCGGUUGCUGCUGUAGUUGCUAGUAUAGCCAGCUUGGGAUUACAGGGCUUCAGAAACACGGGAUUCCUGCUUCCCUUAUUCUUACUUGCAGCGUCUUAUGGCCCUAUGAUGUUUGCUAGCAGCUAUGUCGAAGAGGAACAUCAUUUCUGGUACUGGACAUCUACUAUAUGGCUCGCUUACCUCGGCGCCAGACAAGUCCAACGAUCCUCUCGCAUUCUUUCAGCAUCAAGCCACAUACUCGCCCUCGCCGCCCUAAGACUCAUCCGAAGCUGGAACCAAACAGGCCAUAAAUUCGCCGGCGAGCCAGACACCGUCAAGACCUUUCUCAUUCCCAACCCCGAGCUACUGUGGGUUAUCAUCACCCUGACAUACACUGUGGUCACUUUACAAACUCUGCAAAGCUUGUCGUCGGCCGGCUUGCCUUUCAUCUUGACUACUUUUGUAGUACCUCUCUUGUUCUCAGCUACUCUUGCCUUCAAAUUGGCGUUCACUGCGGAAGAUGCCCCUGAGUUGGUUGUUGGAUUUGCACAUAGGCUCCUGGAUAUCCUCCAGGGCCCGUCUCUCAUCUUUAGAGCGAGGAUCAUCUUUGCACUACUCACGGCGUUGUUUGGCUUCGCCGUAUACCGAGCAAAAACCGGAGGACCCCAAACAACUCAAUCAGCCGCUCACCUAACGCACCACCUCAUCACCCUCCUCGCAAUGACCCAAUCCCGCGCCACAAACAUCCCCCUCUUCCUCCUCUCCACCCUCAUCCUCCACACCCUCCAACGCACCACCCUCUCCAUCGCCCAAAUCACCACCUCCUCCAUCCUCCUCCAAUACACAACCUUCUUCGCCGCCGGCGGCUCCAACGCAAUCUCCUCCGUCGACCUCUCCAGCGCCUACAACGGCAUCAGCGGCUUCAACGUCGUCGCCGUUGGGAUCCUCACCCUCGUGAGUAACUGGGCAGGGCCCAUAUUCUGGACGUCGGCUACGAAUCUGCUGCUGCUGAGGGAGUAUCGACUGCGUGGAAGGGCGGAUGCGUUUCGCUAUCAUGUUAUACUGUUGACGGUCUUUGUGGCGAUGAGCGUGGCGUUUGUCAUUGCGGCGUGCACGGCGCUGCGAACGCACUUGUUCAUCUGGACGGUGUUUUCGCCAAAGUACUUGUACUGCAUGGCAUGGAGCUUGGGGCAGCAUUUGUUGGUUAAUGUGGCUUUUGGCGGCUUGUUGUUCUGGAUAGGCACUUGA